AUGCUGCGGGAUGCUCCCAGAACUUUGAAGACAUCCAGCCUAGCCGUGACUUCUAAGGACGCCGUCUCUGUUUUUGCCGACUGCAGUGCAGUUAUCGAGCAAAGCGGUGGCAUGAGUGGCAGUUUCGUCUCGGGUGUUUCCCGUGCGAACUCUACGGCCGCACAGUGGUUGAAAUCUAAUCCGGGCGCCUGCGCUCCGGCCAAUGGCUGCCUGCAGGACUUCCAGCCCCAGUUGGUGGUCUGUGGCACCCUGGCCGUGGGCACCUGUAUCCGAUACGAGGCAGCAGCGUCAGUUCCCGUGGUCUACGUUUUCCUCUGUCGAGAGCUGCUGGACUUCUUCGGUGACGUGUUGCAAGUCCAACCUCAUCGUCCCUGCUUCCUGGCCACCUCCCCACUCCUCGAUUGCGAAGUGCUGCCGGCAGCGGGUCAGCUGAGGCAAACGGGCACAUGGGAUCUGCCGGACUCCGCAGAGGUCCCGUUAAAGCUGCAGGACUUCCUGGAUGCCGGCGAGGCCCCUGUGGCCAUCGGCUGGGGCUCCAUGAUCGCCCAGGGAAUGCCGCGACCGGCCAUGCUGGGUCUUGCGAUCCGUGCUCUGCGGCAGCUUGGCGCCCGCGGCGUCGUCCUGGGGGGCUGGGCGCGGCUGGAGGAGCUGGCCGCCGAGCUUCGAGAAGGCAAGUUGCCGAGUAUUGGCGAGGAUUGGAAUGAUCUUGCGCGCUACGCCACGGAAAACAUUUGCUGCGUCUCCGAGGCGCCGCACUCCUGGCUUUUUCCGCGCUGCUCAUGCAUCGUCCAUCAUGGUGGUGUGGGCACAACGCAGGCCGCCGUCCGGUCCGGCAAACCCUCAGUCAUCACGCCCAUAUUCGGAGACCAGUUUCAGAAUUCUCUGAACAUCAAGCGCUUGGGCGUGGGUGUUGGCUUUACCUCGGCCUUGCCGGAGAUCUCAGUCGAGAGCUUGACUGACGCCAUUCGGUCUGCCUGGAACAUGUCAGAGGCCGCUGCCUCUGUGGGCACCCGUGCCUCCCGCGAGCGAGGCUUGCAGGAUGCUGCGCAGGCCCUCCAGGAGUUCCUGCUGCUGCAGCUUCGGAGCGGCCUUUGGGACCUGCGCCUCCGGGAGCUGGAGGAGCUGAAGGAUGUCCCAGCCAAGCUCUGA